UAACAUAAUAACUACCCAAUCGCCUAAGCCCUUUCACGUUUACUUUCAACGUUUCAAAGCUUCUCCCCGGGGACGAAAAGCAAAGAUGGAAACAGUCCAGGUGGAUCCUAAUUGCAACCUCGUUGAAGAAGCAUCUCCUGAGUUGUUGCUUCCACCAGAUUCUCCCGAUAUAACGGAUAUAUUUGGCGAUCCACAAUUAAGUCCGAGAGUUGGUGAUGAAUACCAGGUGGAAAUUCCUCCUAUGAUAACAGGAUCUGAGCAUCUACGGCUUUUGAUGGACCCUCUUGACUCGGAAGACAUUCCUUAUCUUGCCCAUUUCUUUCUGUUAGGCUUACCUGUCCCUGUCACGUGGACCCAUGAACAAGAUACUGAUUUCGAGAAUGAAGGCAAGGGAGGUCCGAGUAAGUUCAGUGAUGAAAGUAAGGUGGACAAGUCUGUCACAUCGAGAAAGAGCAGGGGCCAGAUUUCUAAGAGGAAGAAAAUUUUAGAACUAAGUGCUGAACAGUCAGAUGUUAGGUUGUUCGAAGAAAAAGAGUCAAAUGCUGAGAACCUUGAAUGUGGAAUGUCAAGUAAAACUAUCUUAUUUCGAUCAUGUGAAGGUAAAAGGUCUCAUCUAAUUCCAGGUUCAUCAGGUUAUUCCUGGAGUGAUACAGAAGUGGAUGGUUUUCUUCUUUGUUUAUAUAUUUGGAAAGGAUUUUAGGCUGAUAAAACAAUUCAUUGAAAGCAAGGAGAUGGGGGAUAUAUUGUCAUUUUACUAUGGGGCAUUUUAUAGGUCUGACAGAUAUUGCAGAUGGUCAGAUGGCCAAAAAAAAAUAACUCGGAGAAAUGUUUAUGGACGGAAAAUCUUUACAGGCUGGAGGCAGCAGGAACUGUUGUCUCGGUUGCUCACCCAUGUCCCCGAAGAAUUACAAAAUGAUUUUCAGGAGGUCUCUAAAUCAUUUGUGGAGGGGAAAACUUCACUUGAAUAUUAUGCCUUUCAUUUAAAGACUAGUGUUGGCAUAUGUGCUCUUGUCGAUGCUGUAGGUCUUAACAAGGGGAAAUCAGAUCUUACAGGCAUGGCCAUGGAACCUCCGAGGACCACUCAAGCGUCCUCCGAAAUACCAUCUGGGAAGGCUUGUUCAUCUCUUACAUCGGGUGACAUCAUCAGGUUUUUAACUGGAGGCUUUCGAUUGAGCAAAGCUCGAUGCAAUGAUAUUUUCUGGGAAGCUGUUUGGCCACGCCUACUUGCAAGAGGGUGGCACUCCGAGCAACCUAAGAAUCAGUGCUCUGUCAGUUCCAACCAUGACCUAGUCUUUCUUAUACCUGGAGUGAAGAAGUUCUCAAGAAGAAAACUCGUUAAGGGAAAUCACUACUUUGAUUCUGUUAGUGAUGUUUUGAGCAAAAUUGCAUCCGAGCCUAUGCUUAUCGAGCUUGAUGCUGAAGGAAACGGUAUUGGGAUCUGCAAUGAAGAAAAUGGAUGCCUUCCAGGAGAGUCAUCGGAUGAGGACGAUUCUCCUAAUCAUAAGCCUUGUUAUCUCAAACCCCGAGUCUCCAUUUCGAGUUCAAACCAUAUGAAGUUCACAGUCGUUGAUUCCAGUUUGAUGCAUGGAGGAAAAGCAUCUAAGAUGAGAGAACUGAAGUAUGCACCAAUUGAUUUGAUGUUCACUUCCAAGCUAAUGCAGAAGGAUGUUCAAGAUUCACGGAAGGUAAAUUCUAACCGCUUGCUGUCAAAAGGUGACAAGUGUGCUACUAAUGCUCGCCAUCGUGAGGGCAAAAUAGCUAGCUCUACUACAAGCCACAGUAAAUUCACCAUUGUAGAUAGCAGUUUGCUCCAUGAAGGAAAAUCAUCCGGGGUAAGAGAAAUCAGAUGUUUACCUGUUGAGAUUGAACUUUCUUCCAAAGUUAGCAACUCUUCAGGAGGAGAUGAAGACAAUUCAAGUGAUGAUUCUUCCGAUGAGCACAGGCAAAAGUUUACUGAUAGACUAUCAAGUCAUGGUUCAGUUGCCACGGAUACAAAGCCUGGUAACAAGCCAGUUACUGCUAGUAAUUUGUUGAAAGGCUAUAUGAACAAUGGUAAGGGUAAAUAUGACAAUGACUGUUCAAAACAAGAUCCAAAGGUCUCGUAUAUUGCAGACCGGGAUUUGUUGAUUCAUCAGGAAGAGAAGAUCAAUACAUCAGAAGAUACCAGGCCAAAGCAGAUAAUAAAGCACCAGUUCAGUCGAAGAGCUAAAUCUAGUAAUGCCGUUAAUAUAGUUCCACCGGCAAAACGAAAGAAAUUAACUGCUUUUGCUAAUAUGGAGACUAGUAAGAAAUCUGCCGCUUUGUCAAUUGAUUUAGCUUCUCCUAUGAAACAACAAAAGUUAACUGCUUGUUCUAAGAUGGAUAGGAGUCAUCUUACUGAGAAUAUCUCUGGUAAUUCAAUACAUUUAGUUUCUCCUAUAAAGAGACAGCGAUUAAGUGCUUGUGCUAAGACAGAUCGAAGUUGCCUCACAGAGAAAUUUUCUGUCGACACUAGUGAACAAAUGGGGCAAUGCAGCAGCAAUUGUGUUCCUGAUUCGAGUCAUUUCUAUGGCAAAGUAUCAUCUGUUAGUUCUUCUGCCGAAGGCAAUCCAGAAUCUAUGGAGACUCCUCAAGGGAGUAGCGAGAAGCUUCCAUCUCUUUCAUCGAUUAGUUCAAGCCCACCCUUGCUUCUUCCAGAAGCUCGGAAUGGUGAACCAGGUGGGAUGGAAGCCAAUUGUAGCCAGUUCAACAUUAUCAAUAAUCGUGUUGAUUUGUUGAUGACUGCUAAUAAUGUUUGUGCUAAAGAGCAGCAACCUAUUGUGAACGCCCAGAGGCAAAGCAAAAGAAGCAGACCAUCAACCACUAGAGCGUUGGAAGCUCUUGAGAGUGGCUUCUUCAACAUGAGUAGGUCACAAAAAGUUAGAAACGUGCGAGCACAAGCAAUUCAGUUUUCUACUCCUUCCCGAAAAGCACGCAGUAGAGUCAAAGCAACAUCAAAGCACGUGAGCAUUGGCACUAAAACUGAGGAUGCAAAGGAAGGAAAAGACACCGAUGGUGCAUUUAUUUGUUCCAAAGAUGUUGUGAACAAUCCUCCUCAAGUGGAUAGCUAGCAAAUAUCAUCAAGUUAUUUCAUUUACCGACAUGCCGCGAGGUCCAUUGGCUGAUGGAUACUUCAAAAAUCUCCAAUAGAGAGGUAUGAGCUUCCAUUUUUUUUUCUUUGCGCAUGGUAUAGACCAGCAUAUGGUGAUCCCUUUC